GUGGCUUCCUUUCUUAAGCCUCUCUCAGUCUUGGUCCCAAACCUGAGAGGCUUGUGCCUGGGAGAGCCCAGCCACUGAGCCGUGACGUGAGAAGCCAAGACCGGCGGCGGAAGGUUUCCUCUCAGUGGCACACUCAGAGACACAGGUGUACAAAUAGCCACCUGAGACCUGACCUGAAGCCAGAGGAAACCGGCUGAAAGCCUGCAGAUCAGACCCAACAUGUGCAGCACCAGUGUGUACGACCUGGAAGACAUCCCCCUGGAAGACGAUGAUCCGAACAGCAUAGAGUUCAAAAUCCUGGCCUUCUAUGCCAGACACCAUGUCUUCAAGAGCACCCCGGCUGUCUUCUCCCCCAAGCUCUCCAGAACCAGAAGUUUGUCCCAGAAAGCACUGGGGACUUGGUCAACUGAUUCCUGGACACAGAUAUCGUUGCCCUGUAGAGAUUCCCCCUCCAGUGAAAAGCACAUAAGCUUGGGCAAGAAGAAGUCUUCUUGGAGAACACUCUUCAGAGUAACAGAAAAGGAGGAAGAGCCGCCGAGCUCCCCAAAGGAGUUCCAUGCUCAGGGCCCCUUCCCGGUAGAGCGGCAGGGUAGGCACUGGUCCAGAUCCCUGUCCAGCGUGGAGCAGCGCCUGGAGAGUGAAGCUGUGGAUUCGAAAGUUGCCUGUAUUGCUAACAGAGUGGCUGAAAUAGUUUACUCCUGGCCACCACCGGAUGACAGCCAGAGCCAGGGAGGAGGCAAGUUCAAAGACAGCAUCCCAAAGAUUCUGCACUUUGAAUUGCAAGGCCCUCAAUCGAGAGCCUGCGACUCGAAGAAAGAUGGAGAAGACCAAAUAAUAAGCAGGAUUGUCGAACUGCUGAAAUACUCGGGGGAUCAGUUGGGAAGAGAGAUAAAGAGAGACAAGGCUUUGAUGAGCACCUUCCAGGAAGGGCUGUCCUACUCGGUGUUCAGGACCAUCACAGACCUGUUCCUGAGGGACGUGGAUACCAGAGGAGAGUCAGAGAUCAAAGCUCAGGGCUUCAAGGCUGCCCUUGCAAUAGAUGCCAUAGCCAAGCUCACCGCCAUCGACAACCACCCAAUGAACAGGAUGCUGGGCUUUGGGACCAAGUACCUAAGAGAGUACUUCUCCCCCUGGGUCCAGCAGAACGGUGGAUGGGAAAAAAUACUUGGGCUAUCACAUGAAGAAGUAGACUGAAAUAGCCAAAGACCUGUCGUCUGGAAUGUUCCUUGUGCAACAGCGGUCCCUGUGCCCACUGCUCUCAAUAUAGACUUCAGGAGAAAAUCAGAACGGACACAGCAGAUGAAGCCCAAAAUGUCUAGAACCAUCCUUCCUUUGACUCAAGAGGCAUCUGGAGAGGCCUUGCUCUCUCAGCUCAUAGAAGUCAUUAGCAUGGUCUUUGCUGAGGGUAUUCCAGUCCUGUGCUGAAUGUGACAGAGUCCAUAAAGAUGAGUGAUCAUUUUACCUUUAAAUGUUCAGAACAGAAACCACCCUGUUAGCUACACUGGAGGAAGCGUCUGGCAUGGGUCUGUUGGUCUCAUGGAGGUAAAACGAUAAACUGUGUGCUUACU